AUGUAUCGAAGGAAGAAGGGUCAAAGUUCGUCAGUGAGUUUGGAUGAAUCGAGGGGAUCAGUUCCUGAAACACCACCUCAUGAGAAUUCACAGUAUCGAACGUCUUCAAAAAAAAUGGAUUCUUCUGAAGAUGACUCAUUAUUGAUUGAUGAAGAAGAAUUCCGUCAAGCACUUGAUCGUUGCUACACUCAGACUCAAAAUACUAACGUAUGUAAAUUACAUAUGCGGAAAUUGCCUCCAAGGAGUGAGUUUGAGGAGUUGUUGGAAAGAAUGGGAGUAGAAGUGCGCUUAGAUGACAAUGACGAGCUGUCAAUUUAUUUAAGUAUAAUUUCAUUUCCGUUCUUGUCUUGGAAUUUGUUUGAGGAAGUCGUGCAAUUCAAUGCUUUAAAAAAAAUAGCACAAAAAAGAACAAAAUUUUUUGACUUAUUCGAAGGAGAAGUUGCUGAAGAUUUUAAAUUAAAAAUGUAUUUAUCUCCCUGUGCAACUGAAUCCGGUUAUGUGGAUACAUUUGUUCGAGCUUUGUUAGUAUCGAAAGCAACGCAAGCUGUAUCUUUCGAAACAGUAAUAAGGAGAAUUGAAACAUAUGCAAAAUGUAAUGUCGGUGAUGGAGGCAAAAAUGACCAUUUUGCACUUGCUUGUAUUGCACAAUUUCGUUAUUUGGAUAUAAUUUACGAUUGCAAGCGUGUUUUCAACUCAGUAUUUGAUUGUGAUCUUGAAAAUUGGCGCCCCACUCCACGUGAUGCUUUGAUACAAGCUUUACCGGAAAUCCUUCCUAGCCCUGCUGUUCAGCAAGAUACUGCUAACAACUUGUUGGAAAUGUUUCAGAGGAAAGUUACUCAGAAUUCAGUCACAUAUCGAAUUGCUAUUUUGCAGACGCUACUUUUAUUUCGCAUUGAUGAGUAUAAAACUAUCAGUAUGCGUGGCACCAUGUUACAAAAUGUAAUGGAACUGGAACUGGAAGUUUUACCAGAAUUAGUAUCGUAUUGUAUGAAUAGUAUUCAAAGAAACGAGAAGUUCGCUUUUCGAAACAUCAUUUGUAGCCUUCGAACUCACUUGCAGUUAGAGGAUUUACAAAAAUCAGUUACAAAUUCAAGCAAGAAAACUAUUGGCAAAGUAAUAACGGAAACUUUUGAAAUUAUAUUGAAGAAAGUGAAAACUGGUGAUGGUCGUUACUUGAAGGAUGCACUAAACGUGCUUAUUACCGAAGGUCAACAACACACUGAAGGGGAAAAUGAGCAAAAUAAUGUGGUGCCACUCAUGGGAGAUUGUGUUCCAGCUACCAAGAAGGAAUUCGUCCUUUUUGAUAUCUUAUUGUCUUUUACUUUAAUGGACGUUAAUAACUGGAGCCGUACAAUUCAUGGUAUUUUCAAGCAACAAAUAUCACUUAGUCAUCAUUGUUAUCUGGAGCGAUUGAUUUCAUCAGUUUUCAACUUCACUGAAUAUACUACACGUUUUUUCCAACCGAUUCGAGAUUUCUGUGAAACUUUGAUGUGGUCGUUUUUUCCCUCUUAUGUUAAAUUUGGAGCCUAUAUUUAUAAGACUCUAUUUCUUAAACUCCCUUCUCAGCAAUCAGUGAUUUUUGACAGCAUUCUUCAUCAUAUGAAUGGAACAGAGCAAGAAACUACAGAAAUUCUAUUAAUAUUACAGGAUAUUUCAGAAAAUCAUAACGAUACACUAGCUGCUUAUUCCCAUAUUCUUAAACAAAAAUUGUCAUGCUUGAUCAACUUCUCUUUCGAUAAUGUUUGUCGGUUUUUUACGAUAUUGCUUUCGGUAGAACGAAUCAGCGAGCAGUCUCAAGUUACAGAAAGACACAAGGGAUUGAAUUUGGAAAUUGAACGUAUGAUUUCAUCGUCAUCAACUAGAGAAAAAGUUUGGGGGAUUCUUGGAGUUUUGAUGCAGAUUCAACAGUAUCUCAUGAAUAAGAGAUUAAGCAUAAAGGGCCGUGAAGAUAUGAUCAAACAAAAAUUAACAUUAUUGGAUGAGCGUACAAAAUCUAGUGUUUACUUACGCACUUUCUUUUACGAACAUUUUGCAAGAAUCCUAAAUGACAGCAAAGGAAUUGAAUGCAACUCAGUUUUAACUGUUUGGGCUGAUAGGCUCAGUCUAGAAUUCCGACAAAAUUUCAUGAAGCAGUUCGAGCGAAGUCCUCCGUCUUGUCGAUUAGAAGACGAGCGUUAUUGUAAUUCACUGCACAAAGAAUGGUUUUGUUUAAGUGAGUUAGUGGAAAAGUCUGCAAAGAUAAAAUCGGUACUGGACAAUCGAGUUUUUAUCCCGAUAGCGCAUUUUCAACUUCUCUUAGCACUUACUAAAUUGAAAUAUUCAUGGACUGAAACGCAGCAUAUCAGCAGUUUUCAUGAAGAACUUUAUUUUGUAUUGGAGGCAAAUAUUUCAAUGAUUGCAGUUAAUCUUGAAACUCAAGACAAGCAGUGUAUGAUAAUGAACUGCAAUAUAUACUUUUUCUGCAUUCAGUGGAUUCGUUUGAUACUGAAUACAUUUGCUACAAGGGAUAGUAAACUACAUAAAGUAGACGAAGAAGCAUUUCAUGAUUUAAUGCGCAAAAAGUUUGCAUUAAUGAUAGAAUGCCAAAAAAGUCUAGUCUAUACUAUUAAAAAAGUCCAAGAAUUUAAAAUGCCCUGGCAAGCUUUUGAACAAGUUGAGUUGAUAGUAUUUUAUGACGUUCCAAAAAAAUCUAAUGUAAAAACGAGGAAAAGAAAAAGAAGCAGUAAAAAUGAAAGCGCUAAUGAUGAAGAAGGUGGAGCCAGUGCUAAAGAAAGUAAAGGAAAUAUAGAAGGUAAGCUAGACGAAGAAUCGAAAAUUGAGUUAUUUAAAAAACCGCAGUUGAGGAAUUCAGAUCGGCAGAAAGUUAUCGACUUGUGCUCGUUAGCAUCGUAUUUCACACCACUCAAAUUUGCCGCGUUGUUGCCAAAAAAAAGAAAGCAGACGAUAUUUUUGCUCGAAACAUUGGAUAAGCUGCUCGAAAAACUUUUACCGAAAAGAAACAAGAAGUCACACGGUUUUUUGGCUGUUCAAAAGAAUACAGGGGAGAAAGUUUUGGAUGGUGGUAAUUCGAAGAUGGUUUGGCACCUAAUUUAUUCUGUGAUUCCUACAUUAUUCACCAUUUUAAAUGGCUCAGUUGAUUAUUUUAAAAGUUUUCUGGACACUUCUUCAGUUAUCGAUCGAUCAUCACAUUUAUAUUAUGACGAUAUGAGUGCUCUUAUGUACUCAUCACUGCUUUUAUUCCACCGAAUAUUUUCGUCAAGCGACUUCAUGAAACUAAACACAAAUAAUUCUGUAGAGGAGGAGGGAUUACAAAGCAGUAGGGCUAGAAGGAGAAAAGCUGUAAUGGAAAAAUUGGAGAAAAUAAUGAUUCAAGUUGGGGCUGUCGUGGACUCUGAUGGAAUUGUCGACACUGAGUUCGUUGUUGCGGAUUUCUUCAUAAGUAUUGCUGAAACAGUUCCUACAGUGAAUAGUGCUGUUGCUUUACUACAGUUGUUGUCAUGCGAUUUUGUGCUAACUCCUCAGAAGUCCAAAGUUGCAAAGAUAGCUCUUUCAUAUUUGAAAAAAGAAUGGUUUGGUAUGGAAGAGAAAGUACUUAAAGGUGCGAUGCUUAAUCGAGCAGUGUCAAGCAUUUUGAGAUUGUAUCUUUCAUUUCGAAAACAAAAUGAGCGACUUUCCGCAAUUCAAUGGAUGCUAGCGAACAAAGUAUCUGAAUUAGUACCAGAGGAAGAAAGACGAAGAAGUAAAAUUUCGUCUUUAGAACCGUGCUAUGAUCAAGAUUUAGAUGAAAACGAAGGAUCGUCUUUCUUUGCAUGUUUUAGCAAAAGCACGUUUUCUUCUGUAUACAAAGUUUUGUUCUCUUCUUUGAAUGAAACCAUUAAAAUUGUUUUGCCACUACAAGCGGUUGAAUCUGGUACGCUGGAAUAUAAUGAAUGUUUUGCCCUUUGGAAGAUUGCUGCCAGUACUUUUUGUUUGCUCACUUUACUAAUUCGUGUAAAGGAGCUGCGAAAUGCCAGUGUAUUACUAACUGCUGCUCGUGAAGGACGAUUAUUUCUGCAAAAUUUUGUUGUAAAGAGUUCAUUCAUUUAUUUAUUGGCCGAUGAAUCGAGAUUCGCAAAAUAUGGCACUGGCGCAAAUGCUCUUCUGAAAACAAUACAGAUUGGUAAUCGUUCACUUCAAAAUAUGAGCGCUCACGCAAAGAGUACAAAAUGCGGAUCAUUAUUAAAAUUAUUGCCCCAGUUAAGAGCUACAUCAGAACAGUUCAUCAGAGCAGUUCAUAAAUUGAUGAUCGGUAUCGAUUGUGACAGCGCAUUCCAAAUUGGUUUAUUAAAAAGCAGAAAUUUGGAUGGAGAAGAAUUAAAAGCAGUCGAAAUUGAAGAUUAUGUUGCUGAAGAUGCACAACAAGAAGCAAUGAAUGAUGGAGAUAAUGAGGAAACGGGAUCUGCUGAGGAACUAAGCGACAUUAGCAUGAAUUCAAAUGAUGAAAGCCCAGUUUUCUAA